GGAAUAUUCCAUUGGCUUCUUGAAUGUGGCCAAUUAUGGUGGACUCCAGUCAAAGUAGAAAGCUGAGACGCGCAUAAUUUGACGAGGGAGAAGACUUGUAAAGAAGUCUGAAUUGUUGAAGAAAAGCAUGCCCAUGCGUAGCACAAACGUCCCAUCUUCUUCUUACCAGUUUGAACUUCUUGCAAUUUGCACCUUAGAAGACUCCUCAAGCUUUCACACAACAAACCGAUUACUUCUGCGUUUCAGACCUUCGCUAUCUUUGCUUCCUUCCCUGAUUCAUUCCUUUCAACAAAGAAAGCCACAAACAGCCACUACUUCCUCAAAGCAUGCAGUUUUGAAUCCUUGGAAUAACAACUUUUGAGACUGCCCGAGCUUUCACACAAGAUUCCAUUCACUUUUACAUCGUUUUCCUGAUUCAUUCCUUCCUAGCUACCAAGAAAACCAUGAACACAGGAGAGUCGUCGUCGUCGUUUGUUUCUUCAGUCAAGAAAGUGGGAGAGCUCCUUCUCCCUCCCUUCAUUCAAUCACUGUGGGAUCAAUUGGUGGUUCCCGAGUUUUUGGACUUCGUACGCGGAGCAGGACUUGAAGAAAAUCUUGACAAGUGGAGGAAAACGCUGUCAAGAAUUCAGACAAUGCUUGAUGAUGCGGAGGAGAAGCAACACAGUGACAGGGCUGUGAAAGAGUGGUUGGAUGAUCUCAGAGACUUGGCUUACGAUCUCGACGACAUUGUGGAUGAACUCACCACUGAAGCAUCGGCGGCUGAAAAUCAGGAUCCCCCAAGUAAGUUACGGAAAACCACCUCAGUCGUUUCUUGGUUUACUCGUUUUACUCCAAGUCGUUUUAAGAUCAAUAGAAGGCUGGGAUCAAAGAUAAAGGAGAUCACUGAUCGAUUCAAUGAUAUCGAGACACGGAAAAAUCAACUGAAUUUGAAAGAAACUGCUGAUGAGAGGUCAAACAGAAGGAGAUGGACACCGGCGCCAACUUCUGUAAUGAAUGAUAGUCAUGUUUAUGGCAGGGAAAAAGAUACAGAGGCUAUGCUUGAAUUGUUGCUAGGUGAAAAAUAUAGUGAGGCUGGAGUCUCUGUGAUUCCUAUACUUGGCAUGGGAGGUAUAGGAAAGACAACUCUUGCCCAGCUUUUAUUCAAUGAUGAAAAAGUGCAAAGCUUUUUUGAAUUGAAAGCAUGGGCUUGUGUUUCUGAAGACUUCGAUGCUGCUAGGGUAACAAAAGCAGUUCUAAAAUCUGUCAGUACCUCUGCAAGCUGUGAUGACAAUGAUCUGGAUUUGUUGCAAGUCCAACUCCAGGAAAAACUGAAAGGGAAGAAGUUUUUAGUCAUUCUUGACGAUCUAUGGAAUGAGAACUACCAUGAAUGGACUAUCCUAAGUGCUCCUUUCCUAGCAGGAGCUCCUGGAAGUAGGAUUGUCAUAACAACUCGCAAUCAAGGAGUUUCAUCAACGACAAGUACCAUUGAAGCCUACUGUUUGGAAGUGUUGUCAAAUGAUGCUUGUUUGUCUGUAUUUACCCAACAUGCACUAGGGGCAAGCAACUUCAGUGCCCAUCCAAAUCUUAAAGAUAUUGGUGAAAAAAUCGUUAAAAAAUGUAAAGGCUUGCCUUUGGCAGCAAAGACCCUCGGAGGCCUCUUGCGCACUACGUUGGACCGUUAUGAAUGGGAAUGUGCACUAAAUAGCAAGAUAUGGGAUAUACCAGAGGAAAGAAGUGGAAUUGUUCCAGCUCUUAUGUUGAGCUACCACCAUCUACCUUCACAUUUAAAGAGAUGCUUUGCGUAUUGUUCAAUACUUCCGAAAGACUAUGAAUUUCAGGAGCAGCAACUGGUUUUGUUAUGGGUGGCAGAAGGUCUAAUUCAGCGACAACGAGAUAAGCAAAUGGAAGAUUUGGGUAGUCAAUAUUUUCGCGAUCUGUUGUCGAGGUCAUUUUUUCAACAAUCAAGCACGAAGGAAUCAAAAUUUCUUAUGCACGACCUUAUCAAUGAUUUAGCCCAACGGGUUGCAGGAGAUAUAUGCUUCAGAAUGGAGGAUAGAAUUGAGGGCAUCAACAAAGGAGAAUUUUCCAUAAAAGUUCGGCAUUUGUCUUAUUUGGGUGAUCGUUAUGAUGGCCCUAAAAAGUUCGAGGUUUUUUCUAAACUCAAAUGUCUACGAACAAUUUUGCCUCUCAUGCUACCUAAUAUGGGGUAUUGUUAUUUGACUCAUAAUGUUCCUCUUAAAUUGUUGUCGAAAUUACCAUGUUUAAGAGUGCUCUCUUUGAGUGGGUACCGCAUAGUUGAGCUACCGAAUUCAAUUGGUGAGUUGAGGCAUCUACGGUAUCUUGACCUCUCUCACACUCGAAUUAGAGGUCUACCUGAAUCAACAACCACUCUCUGCAACUUACAAACAUUGAUAUUGGAAAGUUGUUCUUAUAUAAAGGAAUUGCCUUCGAAUUUGGGAAAACUGGUCAACUUGCGCCACCUCAACAUUCUCAAUGCAAAUAAACUGGAAGGGAUGCCUCUUCAAAUAGGCAAAUUAACUAAUUUGCAGACAUUGUCUAAUCUAAUUGUCAGAAAAGGCAUUUGCUUCGCGUUAAAAGAGUUAGGUUAUUUGUUGCAUCUUCGAGGGACACUCAUCAUCUCAAGAUUGGAGAAUGCCAUUGAACCCAGGGAUGCACGCGAUUCAAAGUUAAUUGAAAAGCCCGAUCUCAAUGAGUUGUGCUUGGAAUGGAGCGCCCAUGUGGAUUGGUCAAAAGAUAGAGCAAGCGAAUUAGACCUACUUAACGUGCUACAUCCAAACGAGUCUUUGAAAGAGCUCACUAUCAGGCGCUAUGGUGGUAUAGAAUUUCCGACUUGGUUAAAAGGUCAUUCAUUUCCUCAUUUGGUGCUCUUAAGGAUUGAAAACUGUAAAAAGUGCACAUCAUUGCCACCAGCGGGCCAACUACCAUCACUUAAACACCUUUUCAUCGCAGGCAUGGCUAGUGUAAAGAAUGUUGGUAAUGAGUUUUAUGGGGGUAGUUGUUCACAACCUUUUGAAUCCUUAGAAACUUUGUAUUUCAAGGAUAUGGAAGAAUGGAAGAGCUGGAGCCCUGAUGGAGAAUUCACAUGCCUGCGUAAGCUUUCUAUUAGAAAUUGUCCCAAAUUGAUGGGGAAUUUUCCAAACCACCUUCCCUCACUACAAAAUGUUGUUAUAGAAAGAUGUGAGCAGUUGGUGGUUUCAAUUUCAAGCUUUCCAGAGCUUUGCAAACUAGAAUUUGAGAAUUCAACAGGGGUGGUGCGCAAAAGUAAGGUGGACUUCACCUCACUAGACUCUAAGUCUCUUUCAAGAAUUUCGGACUUUACAUGUCCAAGAGUUGGGUUUAUGAAUGUAGAAUCUCUUAGUAUUGCAAAUUGUGAGGAGCUAACGCCAUUAUGGUCAAAUGAUGUGGGAUUACUAAAACCCCUCCCCCGUCUUAGUUAUAUGAUCGUUGAUAACUGUCAAAAACUAGUUUCUUUGGUGGCAGAAGAAGUAAAAGAGCAGCCACAACAGGGCCAACUAUCUCCAACUCUAAAACAGCUACAAAUAUGGCAUUGCAAGAAUAUACGGAUUUUGCUGGACGAGAAUGAUACCAACAGUUGCAGUAAGAGCACACCUCUUCUUGAGUACUUGCGUAUUUGUCAAUGUCCAUCCCUUAAAUCCUUAACAUCCAGUGGAGAAUUACCUGCAACACUUGAACAGGUCAUUAUUUUGGAAUGUGGAAUGCUGGAGUCAGUGGCAAAAAGCUUCCAUCAGAACUCUUCUCUUGAAAUAAUUUACAUUUUGACUUGUAAAAACCUUAAAUCCUUACCGGACGAAGGAUUGCUCCCAUGCAACCUUAGAGAGCUGAGGAUUUUCGGUUGUGAGAAAAUGCGGGCCCUACCCAAUUGCAUACACAGCAUCACCUCUCUUCGAGAAUUGAAGAUAGAAAAAUGUCCAGGUGUGAAAUCCUUUCCGGGAAAAGGCUUUCCCACCAACCUAACAUCACUUGAAAUCAGAGAUUGCAACAUCACUGAGGCCUUGCUUGAGUGGGGGUUGCAAAAGCUUACCUCUCUUCAAUAUCUUGAAUUUCGAGGUGGAUGUCCGCAUCUGGUGUCAUUUCCAGAAAUGACGUUGUCUGCCUCUCUAACCACCCUCCACAUCAGAAACUUGCCAAAUUUGAAAUACCUAUCUUCAGAAGGCUUUCGAUCCCUCUCAUCUCUUAAAACGCUACAAAUUGGUUGGUGCAAAAAGUUGUUGUCCUUUCCGGAUGAUGGUCUGCCUCCCUCUCUAACCGGCCUCUACAUCAGAAACUUGCCGAAUUUGAAAUACUUAUCUUCAAAAGGCUUUCGAUACCUCUCAUCUCUUAAAACACUAGGGAUUGGAUGGUGCGAAAAGUUGAUGUCCUUUCCAGAUGAUGGUCUACCUCCCUCACUCUUGCAUCUUCACAUCGUUUGCUGUGAAAUGUUCACAUCCUUUCCGAAGAAUGGUCUGCCUCCCUUACUCCAGCAACUUCAUAUUAAAAAUUGUCCUCUACUGAAAGAACACUGCAAGAAAGAUCAAGGACGAGAGUGGUCCAAGAUAGCCCACAUCCCUUGCGUUCUAAUUGAUGGUAUGUUCAUCUAUGACCCAGAACGAGAAGAGCAGAAUCAGCCCAUAUAUCCUGUAUUCAGAACCUUCGCAGAGGAUUUUUUUUAUUCAGAGGCGUAAGACAACUCUUUGGUUGGGUCUCUUCUUUGAUUUCCAAUGCAUUCAUGGUCUCCAUCCCCAGAAUGGGAGGCUCUUUUGAUUGUCUUCUAAAUGUUGGCGUUGGAAAGACCCUAUUGCUGUUGUUCUUGUUGAUUUGGUGAACGUGUGAGUAUUCUCGUUGGAGUUGACGGCAUCGUAAAUGUUUGUUAAAAUGCCUAAGUGACCAAGCAGCGAGAGAAGGCUUUUGACAAUUGAGUUUUUCAUUACUAAUUGCCUUGUUGCUGAUGAUUACAGAUUUGCGAGAAUCAUUUAAAAAAGAUCACCCUGCCGUUUUUAGGUGUUGAAUUGCAGAUUGUAAGAGGUGUGGACUUAAGAUGGUAAUAUAUCUCCUCGAGGGCGACCCAAAAUUCUUUCGAAGCUGCCGAUGGCCAGGGAGAUACAAGUGCGCGAGAAUGUUGGACGUUUAGAUGAUUUGAAUCUAGUAGGUGUUAGAGGAUAAAAUCAGCACCUCAAAACCAGCCUGAAAAUCAGCAAAGGACUCCACAUUUCCUGCUGACCAGCCCUCUUACAGCAGCAGCAGCUACUCGUCAGACUAGCAGCCUGCAGCAUUUCUUCUCCUGGAUUCCUGCUCCAUGUCUUCCGGAUGCUGCGGGAUGCAUCUCUACACCGCAAACUCAGCACACAUCUUUUUUGUAUCUUAUAAUGUUUUCUAUGUUUUCCUAGGAUGCAAACCUUGAAUUGAUAUCCCUUAAAACUCUUCUACGUGUUGCUCUAUAAAUAAAAUGCAGUUCACUGGUUUUUGGUCAAUGCAACCAAACCAGUUCUUCCACCAAUUCUUUCAGUAGGUGGGACUCAACCGGUUUCUCCUUGUGUUUCUAAAAGGUUUGGAACUCCUUCAUCGUAUGGGUUUCCAAUUUCCAUGUGUCCUUGUUAGACUUGUACUAGGAGAACCUCGUCAGCCUCUAUAAAUAGAGAAGU